AUGCGUCUUUUUUCAAAUGAAAAAUAUCAAGCCGGUGCUUCAGUAUUUCAAUUAUUAGUAACAACUACUGCGGACAAUCCAUCAUCAGAAUAUAAUUGUCAAAUAUGGCAAAAUCUGAAUAAUUUUAAUCGCCCAUUUCUUACUCUAUUUUCAGAUUCAGAUUCAACUACUAAUGGUCUUGAUAAAGUAAUACAAUCCAUGAUACCCGAUACUAGCACACCCAACAAUUACUCAAACUGA